ACCAAGCCGCGAAGCUCCUAGAAAGGAUGUUCCAUAAGACAACCAAAUCGUUGGCUAAACAACUGGACCCAGAAGGAGACUUGAUCCCAGUCCGCUGCCUUGUAGACCAGAACCAUUUCAGACCUCUGUGCCUAGUUCAAAAGAAGAGCAAGGUCCCAUGGUGGCAGAAGGACCGUUACCAUAAAACCGGCUACAGCCUACUUGAUGUCCUCUUGCCAGAAGAGCAUGCUUCACAACCAGAUAUCAAAGAUGAAGAACCAGUCACUAUUGUGGACCACAUGGAUGGGAGACUAGAGGGGGACCUGACUGCGCCUUCUGACCUGGCAAUCUUGGAAAUUAAGAGCAGCGCCAGCAUGUCUCAUGCGAGGUCUGUGAAAGUGAAAAAGCGGCACAUCGAUGCCCAAGUUCUUGAUUCUCUAAAUGUAAACAGCAAAAUCAACUUGGAUCACCCGCUUAUUAAUCAAUCGGAGAAGCUCCAGAGGGAUCUGUAUAUCAUCAGUGAGACAGUAGAGACUGUUGAAGCGGCCGAGUUUAGAGACUCCAGCAAAACAGAAGGCAGCAUCCUCACUGAACUCCGCCUCAAAGCGAAAUUUACGGGUCUCAGAGACAGCAAGAAAGCAGUCAUCGUUCCCAAGGCCUGCACUCUGGCGUUCAGAGUCAAACGAUUACUAAUCAGAGAAGGAGCCUUGAGCAUUUUGAUCUUUCCAGAUGACCCAAGACAAACUUUUUUUUCAAGCAAGGAUAAAUAUCAAGCUGAUGCAGGAAUGAGAUUUGGGGGAAGCAAGAAAGUAAACCAGCUGAUGGAAAUUAAACAGGAAUGCGUGCCACUGCUUUCACUGUCCACCGAUCUGUGCGGCAAGUUUUUCAACGGCUUUUUGGUUGUAAUCAGAAAUAGCGACCUUUUGCAAGAACUAGAACUCCAGCUGGAGCAGGCUCUCGACGGGAUUAAUCCAAUCAAGCUGAAGACUAGCAGACCAGAGCUGAAAGAACUGGUGGACAAUUUACAAGAUCCCGACGGCGCCAUUUGUUCUGAAGUUGCUGAAUCGGUCCUGUACUUUCUUCAAGCUUUGGAUGAAUUGUCAGAAUCUGAGAUGUUGCUUCUGGAAGAAUCUGUGGAGAGGAAAAUUGUGCCCAAGCAGACAGCACUGGUACAAUCCAUCCUAGAAGAAAAAGCCAGCGAUAAAGAAGGGAAGCUUAUUGUAGAAACACGGAAAGUCUCUCAUUUGAUUGAAGACGAGCUGGACAUAACUGAGGCUAUGAUCAAGUUAUGUGGACUGACGAUCGAAAGAAGCGGAGCUGGUCUUCUUGUGACUGGAAACCCUGAUGCUUUUUUAGCUCUCACUGCGUUGUAUGUUGCUCUGUUUGUUCUGAAAAAUUUAUCUGAAUGAGAGGAUGGCUGAUAUUUCAGUUGAACACGUCCCAUGAAACACAUUUUUAUU